GGUGGGAAGCUGGGAAUGUGACUCGAACCCACAGCACCGUCCGGCUUCCGAGCAUAGGGAUGUUCAAUGGGUGAUCCUUGUGUGAUAACGGGGCUACCCAGUGGGUACAACAACGCAGGACCGACCGAUGCUGCCAGCAGGAAAUUUAUAUUCAGUCUCAUCUCGUCGGUGGUUCCGUUCGGACGGUUUUGAACUUGCACGUGCGGGGUCAAGUUUCGCGAACGUUCAGUUUCGUCAGACAGACACUGGAAACAAAGUACAUCUUUGAAAUAAAAAUCGUAAAAAUCACUGAUUUGGAUUUCGGUUCGCUGUUCGGUUGCAUUCCGAGAUCUACGUUGAACUGCACGGCAAGCGGGCAAACAAGUGGUCCGUUUCGUCAUUGGAAGCUUCAGGCGAUGCGGUAGUUCCACAGCAGGAUUAACAGCUGAUCGUCUUUGACCGCUGUGUUUCGCCAGGUUCGGUUCAAAGCAGGGAGGGAAAAUUUCACUUUUCACGACAAACGACACGGCAAUUGUUAUUAAAUUAGUGCUAAUGGAGUGGGUGCGCACAACAUUCCACCGAAAAGUUUGUGAAACAACUGCGUAACAAAGUGAAACAAUUAAAUUCGAGUGCUCGCGAGGACCUCCCGGCAAACUGCGAUGCGAAGUGGGAAGGAAAUAGGAUUCUCACGCACUUCAAAUUGGGUGGAUCAAAGAUAAAAAUUGUUGUGUGGUUGUCACGGUGAAACCUCGCCACGACGGUGUGAGCGUGAAUUCACUUAGAAACAACUAAGAAGCUUUGGGUCUAUUGCAAAAAGAAGAAUCGUUAUAUGAAUAAAUAAUGGGUGAAUAAAUUCCAUACAAAACAGUGCGCCGCGAUAGGCAAUCCGAGGGGUUAGUAAAUGUGGUUUAUAUAUAUAGUGCAUUAACAAGUUUCGUUUUAUUCCUAGACAAGCUCAGUGGUUGGAGUUUCCAGCGGAUUUGUCGUCUGUUUAUAAAUAUAGCAUCAUACGACACUUCUUGGGAUGCUGUGGAGUGUCUGGCGCGUUAAGUGAAGAAAUUUGCUUCUAGUAGCGCGCAGUGAUUGGGUUUUGGUGACAAAGCGUGGGAAUUGAUGACAACAACAGUCGUAAAAUAUUCUAAGAAUAGCGUCACGGUGAAUCCGUACUUGCAAAGCAGAGACGACGGGCAUUCUCGGUUGGCGUGAUGAUAUCAAAUAGCUAAAUUGUUACAACUGAGAAGCAGUGAAUCGGAUUCAAGUGCGGUAUUUACGAUCGAAAGUAGCUCCGGAUGUGUUGGUUGAAAUAUGUGUGUGUACUCCGUACGGUGUCAGUCUAGUGGCUCGUCGCACAGGUCAUUGGCGGGUGUGUUGAUGUUUCAGAGUGACAGGGCGGAGCGCCGAUAUCGGCUGGCAGUAACGAACUCAUCACGCUGAUUACUUUUCAUAACGCUGAGUCACCAUCGAAGCAAGGGCGAACGGGAAAAAAGUGAAUUAGCUCAUCAUCAAAAUCAUCCCCGAGGCACAAAGCAAACCACGAUCAGCUAAAAGCGAAUCCAUUCAGAAACAGCGCGUAAAGCUACUGAAUAAGGGAUUCAAAGUUCGCAAAAGUUUACCGUAAAAACGCCGGGAAAAAAAAAGGUCAGCCAAAAUCAUCGUUGGCCAAAUCCUGCUAAUUGAAUCUCGCAGACAUGCAGACUUUGUGGGUCAGAAUGAAAUCAAUAUACUAAUCGUUUUGUUCCGAUCCGUACUAUCAGUGAAAGAGACGUGAGCUCUCAGGAAAACAAAAGGGAGCAACAACAACAAAGGAAACUAACACGAACUGAUUCGGGAGAAAACAAGAGUCCAUAAGCAGCCCGUGUAGCAGCAGCCCGACAGGGUCACGAUACGGGUCGUUUAUCAACGGUGGAUUUAUUUGGAAUGUGCUCUUUUCUACCUUCGAGGAAAUCUCCCAGGAUUCUCCCGGUGGCAGCCCGUCUAAGUUGUUCUGUUCGCCAGCAGCAACAGGGAAUCUAGCUGAAAGCCUUCACUUUUUACAGAACAAUCCCAAUCGGCGAGGAACUACGCUACAUUUCCUCCUUCCAGUUGCGGUUUCGAAGGUUGAAGAAAAGCCACCACCGGGAGAGACGUGCUUCUGUUCGCUGUCAAGAAGUUUAUCUCUGCGGGCAUUCUCUUCUGACGUGAUUUAGGUGCACGGAUCAAGUGGCUGAGAACGGUAACAUAAAAAGCCACCGGAUUAGGUGAUGAGUGUUCUGUGGGGGAGGGAAAAGUGAAGUGUCUCCGUAACCCGAACCGGCGAUGGUUUAAUCACGUUUUUACUAAAGCCGGGCGGCGAUAGAGAAUCCAAUUGUCGCCGCACAUAGUUACAGUUUUUGCCGGAAGGUUUCUUCUGUUCGCACUUGAAUGGAUACUGAUUCCAAACCAACCAACGAUUAAAAUUGACAUCAUUAACUCAUCCAUAAACAGUGAAGUAAGUUAAACAUCCGCACAACCGAACCGCACCAGCAGAGGGCCGAGUUGGGCUAUGUAAAUAUUACCCAUUUCGUGCGUUUGUCCAACAUCGUCAGUGCUCGGUCCGUUGAUGUAUCCCACCGGAGGCACUGAUUGACAUCAUCGAAACCAAGGGGAAAAAAUCAAGUUCAAUGAGGCCACCAACUGAUUAUCGACGACGAGCGGCCAGCACCAUCGAUGAUUGCUCGGAAAGCCACCGACCACCGACGCUGACAGUGGUGGUUAAAAAUUAAUACUCUACAUGCAGGAGGCACUCGGGGAAGGGGUAUUAUGUUGAGCUUGAAUCGACCACCGGCCACAUCCGGAAAGCUGUCGAUGACAAGCGGUUUGACCUGGUACUUUGGAGACUACCGCCACCGGCUACUGCUGCCGUUGCUACUGAUGCUGGUGAUUGUUACUGGUUUCAGGUCCGGUUUGGGAACUGCCGUUGGCUCCCCUGAUAGCGAUAUGGACGAGCGGCCAUUCCUUUCCGCAUCGUCCAAGCUGUGCGGAGGAACUCUGACAGCUAGCCAUGGAACGAUUCAAACGCCGAAUUUCCCGGAACGCUUUCCAGUUCCGAUCAGCUGCGUCUGGAUCAUCGACGCAUCGGCGGUGGUCGGUGCGAACAAUUCUAUCGUGGUUUAUCUUACCCAACAGUACGUCCUGAGCGGGCUCCGUUUCACCGAGUACAUGUACUACAGUGAGGAUUAUAAAGUGCCAAGUAUGAAUGUUUUCGAACUAAGCGAAGACGACGUUACCAAUGUGCCGUGGAUAAAGUUUAACAGUCCGUACCUGGAGAUACGGUUCACCAUGGACAAUCUGUACGGGACGCAUCUGAGGGCGUUGGAUCGCUUGCUGGAUGUGUACGGGUUCAACAUCACCUACGAAGUCGAUUCCGUUAAGCCGUACCAGUGCAAUGCCCUACAGUGCCGCUUCCUGGGCCAUUGCUACGCAAAGCAGGACUAUUCGUCCUACUAUUGCGACUGCUAUCCCGGCUUCAGUGGCAUCGAUUGCGGCUACGGGCCGCUCUGCAAGGACUCUCACAUCUGUGAGAACGGAGGCACGUGCAAGUAA